AUGAGUUGCUCAUCUCUUUUUUCUCUCAAAACUCCACUCUUUCCCCCCGGCGCCGUCAACCACUCUAUCAAUCUCUGGCCCAAUAGUUAUUUUGUGACGAGGGCAUCCCUCAACUUGGACGUGCAUUCCGAUCUGAAACCUUUACUUAAUGAGAACCCAAAGAAGAGUUCACAAGUAAUCGCCGACGAGAANACGAGAAGAAAUUUGUGGUGGGCUCUUAUGCGAGGGCGCCGGUGGUGUUGGCCAGUGGAAAGGGAUGUAAAGUGUACGAUGUUGAUGGGCAAGAAUAUCUGGACUUGA